GACAUUAUAACCUGACAGCAAGUGCACCAGCCCCACGUCAGAUAAAAGCUUUGGCAUUCCUCACCAACACAACCCAACUCCAACGAUGGAAAACAAGGGUAUCGAUUUUCCACCCUCCGCAUUUUCCAUCGUCUCACACGAUUCACAGCUGCUGCUGUACUAGGUAGGUAGGCGUCGCACCGUCGUCGUCGUCCGCAUAACGAAGGGACGGAACUUUUAUCCUCGUCCACACACUAUCGGAUUUGCACAAGUGUAUGGGUUCACCUUUUCCUUUCGGAUAGUCGACCGACCGACAAACACCAUCCUGCAAGGACUGGUCCUUUCGCAACGUUCAAUUUCUCUCCAGCCACUAACCGUGCAACAUCGCCGUCAUCAUCAGUCUCGUCCGUCUGGUCUGGUCUGUCUGGUGUGUGAAUUUCCUCUCCUUUUUCUUUGCAAUAGAAUUUUCCACAAUCGAUACCUGCACUGCAGAUAGGGGAUUGGAAAAACGUGAAAAAGUGUGCGCUUUGGUGAAGGAUAUUCCGCGAGUUGAAAAGUGUGAUAUUCUUCCGGUUGGAAAAACCGUGUGGUCCCCGGUGGACGAUUACUUAAGGAUUUUUCUUUCGGACAAUUUUCCUCUUCCUUUGCAGGCUGAAUGUGUCCAAUCACCGUGGAAGUGAGAAAAUAGGCACUUUCGCUUCGUGCGCUAGAGCGAGAGAAAACGUCGUGUAAGCGGAAGACGCAAAACGGAAGAAGACGAAGAAGCAAAAGUGGUUCACCAAUAAGUGUGUAUUCGGAAGAAAAUUUAUCGAUUGGGUAUUUCUGUCUGCCAGGAGUCCGAGACGAAACAAGGUGUAAAGGAUAGGACCGAAGGGUCGGCCAGUGUUCAGGAGUCCCUGCGGUACAGGUGGGUGCAGUACAGAGGGGACAAAAUGUGGUGAAUACCUAUAGGGGAAAAAGUGCGUGUCAGUGUUUCAGUUUGAAGAAAAAAGUGCUUGAAGGAAUUUUCCCAUUACGGCCUUUGUCGGCUCUGUCGCAGUGAAUUUAAAAAGGAUUAUUUCGAAAGAGUUCGUCGUUCGUAACCACCGCGAAGCAAACGGUGCGAAAGUGCAAAAAUGAUCUCAUUUAAUGGUUCGCUGAACGUCCCAGUCCCGGUGUCCGGCGUUUAAUUCCGGAGUGCUUCCACGAACGAGCAAAAUCGAUAAACUCGGAUUAGCAUCGGCGACCUGUAAACGGCUUUGCACUUUCCCAGCACGUAAUCGCCGCCCUCGAGUUCUUCAAACCAACCAAAAGGGGAACCCCGUCCAACGGGCAGCAACGACAGUAAAUCCGACUGCUAAGUACAACAGAUUCAUCAUCCUCACAGACGUCGACGUCGCAGUCGGGGGUGCAAACAACGAACCGGUUGGACAGACCGAAUCCUACCCCUCUUUGUCGCCAGAUCAGCACACCCAGUAAAGUGCGCCCCCUCUUCCAGGAGGGUGUGUGCGAGCAAGUGUCUGUGAGGGCUAUUCGCGCGCGCGUGUGUGUGCGAGCCCAUUUUCUUUUUUCCUGUGUGUGACCUGUUUAUCCAAGAAAACCAGCCUUCAUGAUCGGAUCAUUUUGGAAUCUGUGUAGAGCGUGCCCUUCAAUGCCUGUAGAUAAGCUCCACUCGGAAUACAGAAGCACCUAUCGAUGGCACGAAUACACCGGGGGUCCCGAGGUCGUCCGCAAGCCACCUGUGCCAAACCAAUUCGCCAGCUCCAAGGUGGAUCACUUUUUCUCCAAAUCAACGGAGGAUGAUAAAUUUAUCGAAGCAUCGAUCAACGAACCGCCCUUGCCGCGGAGGAAAAAAUGCCCGGAACUGGCCUACCGGACGCACGAGUUCAUGGCGGCCAACCAGCUGCGGGGAGGCAACGAACCGUCGGCCCACGAUAGGCCCGAUGCGGCAACGACUCACUCACGUGCUAGGUCUGAAGAACGCGGAACUCCUUCCCGUCGCAGUAAAUCGGAGGGACCACCAGCGGUCGCCAACGGACGGCUACCGACCGGAACCGGAACCGGCACCGGCACCGGCACCGCCGGCGUCGGCAUCUCGAACGGAGUAGCACACGAGCCGGUCUCGGUCGAAGGCAGAGCGCAGGAACAGCCGGGUGAGUCUAGUGGCCUAUUCAGAAAAACUAUUAGCAAAUUGAGCACAGAGUAUCGCCUGCAGUUCGUGUGGCCGCACGUGCGCAGGGCGAUCAAGGGGGCCGCCGCUGGGCCGGAGGACACGGUGAUCGAGCCACCGCGCAAGUCCCUCUCGAUGGGUGCACUGAAAGCUGCGCAGGCCGCUGCUGCUGCCGCCGCUGCCGCCGGUGGUGGCAGUCACCAUCACCAUCAACACCACUUCCACCACCACAACCACCACCACCAUCAGGCGGUUCCCACCGUGCAUAAAAAACGAACCGCAAACGAGCGAGAAGCGAACGCUUACGAACUGGAACCCCUGGUGAACGACGUCGACGGAGAAAAGCCGCAGCAUGAAAAACGUGACGGGCCGCUGGUCGAGCACAAACUGAAGGCUUUCAAGUCGGAAAAGGAACGAUAUGGAUUCGAGCCGGAGCAGGAUGGUGGAGCGGCCCUUAGGAACAGUGCCGCCAUGGAUAGCGCCUGGUACAAGGAAGUGCUGGAGCUGCGGAAGAAGGCCGGCGAGUACAGGAACCGAGGAUGGGGUGGAGAAAUCAACCCGGACCUGUUCAACAAACAGCAAGAACUCUGGGAUCAGGUGUCUAGGCGAAGCUCGCUGAGUGCCCUAUCGUUGGCGUCCAGUGUAAGACCGAUCACCAAGGAGGAAAAGGAAAAGGAAAACAACAAAAAGAGCUCUCCAACGAAGCCAUAUGCUCCCGGUCGCGGCAAGAUCCCCGGAAGUGCCCGACCAGUAGAAAUAGGAAAAACCCUUCCCGAUGGGUUGGCAUUCUCACGCAGCCGCAAGGAUAACAUCCGGCACCAUCUGGAGCGCACUACGGGAGCCGAUGUGGUGGAGGAAGGUGCCCUUCUACCAUCACCAACCCGGGAAAAGCUAAUGCCGGCCAUUCCCCGUUCCAAGGGGGAUAGUCCCCAGCGAGGAAGUCCGCAAAAAACGGGCCUCUCGCGCCAUGGCAGUCCUCAGAAGGGAAGUCCCCAGAAGAGCAGCCCCAAGAAGAUGUCCAGCAAGGGUCGAUCGCAAUCGGUCGGACCAGCCGUAGCGACCGACAACAGCGUUGCCAGCGUCGGAGGAGGUUCGCCGAAGCGUCAGAUCCGCUCCGGAAGCACUGCCACUGCCUCAACGGCCGCUUCGGCUGCCAAAGCGCACAACAAGAAGACCCCUACGACGGCUACAGCUCCGUCGUCGCAACCGCCAGAGCGCCGUCCCAGACCGACAUCGAUCAACGAACCGCCCUUGCCGCGGAGGAAAAAAUGCCCGGAACUGGCCUACCGGACGCACGAGUUCAUGGCGGCCAACCAGCUGCGGGGUGGCAACGAACCGUCGGCCCACGAUAGGCCCGAUGCGGCAACGACUCACUCACGUGCUAGGUCUGAAGAACGCGGAACUCCUUCCCGUCGCAGUAAAUCGGAGGGACCACCAGCGGUCGCCAACGGACGGCUACCGACCGGAACCGGAACCGGUACCGGCACCGGCACCGGCGUCGGCAUCUCGAACGGAGUAGCACACGAGCCGGUCUCGGUCGAAGGCAGAGCGCAGGAACAGCCGGGUGAGUCUAGUGGCCUAUUCAGAAAAACUAUUAGCAAAUUGAGCACAGAGUAUCGCCUGCAGUUCGUGUGGCCGCACGUGCGCAGGGCGAUCAAGGGGGCCGCCGCUGGGCCGGAGGACACGGUGAUCGAGCCACCGCGCAAGUCCCUCUCGAUGGGUGCACUGAAAGCUGCGCAGGCCGCUGCCGCCGCUGCUGCCGCCGGUGGUGGCAGUCACCAUCACCAUCAACACCACUUCCACCACCACAACCACCACCAUCAGGCGGUUCCCACCGUGCAUAAAAAACGAACCGCAAACGAGCGAGAAGCGAACGCUUACGAACUGGAACCCCUGGUGAACGACGUCGACGGAGAAAAGCCGCAGCAUGAAAAACGUGACGGGCCGCUGGUCGAGCACAAACUGAAGGCUUUCAAGUCGGAAAAGGAACGAUAUGGAUUCGAGCCGGAGCAGGACGGUGGAGCGGCCCUGAGGAACAGUGCCGCCAUGGAUAGCGCCUGGUACAAGGAAGUGCUGGAGCUGCGGAAGAAGGCCGGCGAGUACAGGAACCGAGGAUGGGGUGGAGAAAUCAACCCGGACCUGUUCAACAAACAGCAAGAACUCUGGGACCAGGUGUCCAGGCGAAGCUCGCUGAGUGCCCUAUCGUUGGCGUCCAGUGUAAGACCGAUCACCAAGGAGGAAAAGGAAAAGGAAAACAACAAAAAGAGCUCUCCAACGAAGCCGUACGCUCCCGGUCGCGGCAAGAUCCCCGGAAGUGCCCGACCAGUAGAAAUAGGAAAAACCCUUCCCGAUGGGCUGGCAUUCUCACGCAGCCGCAAGGAUAACAUCCGGCACCAUCUGGAGCGCACUACGGGAGCCGAUGUGGUGGAGGAGGGCGCCCUUCUACCGUCACCCACCCGGGAAAAGCUAAUGCCGGCCAUUCCCCGUUCCAAGGGGGACAGUCCCCAGCGAGGAAGUCCGCAGAAAACGGGCCUCUCGCGCCAUGGCAGCCCCCAGAAGGGAAGUCCCCAGAAGAGCAGCCCCAAGAAGAUGUCCAGUAAGGGUCGAUCGCAAUCGGUCGGACCAGCCGUAGCGACCGACAACAGCGUUGCCAGCGUCGGAGGAGGUUCGCCGAAGCGUCAGAUCCGCUCCGGAAGCACUGCCACUGCCUCAACGGCCGCUUCGGCAGCCAAAGCGCACAACAAAAAGACCCCUACGACAGCUACAGCUCCGUCGUCGCAACCGCCAGAGCGCCGACCCAGACCGAACGAGGACGACGCCGAAAAGGACGGUGGCGUGUCGGUGUCCAGCGCCAGCCCCCUGCCGGCGCCGGAAAUCACCGAACAGAUCAUCAAAUCGCCGCCGGAACCGACGCGAGUCAAAUCGCCCGAGCAGAUCAUUAUGCGCUCGCCCGAUCCGGUCAACUGGACCGUGCCGCUCGAUACGGGUAAAACCUUCACGGUAACGCAGAACGUACGCGAAGGUGAGUUGUACGCAGGUGAUCCUAUGAUCCGACCCCAUAGCGAAAUCAAGGCUUCAACUCCAGUGGAUCAUCCACCACCAGCACCACAGUCAGCACCGCCAGAGCUUUCAGAACAAAUCAAGUUACCUAAUACAAAACUAGAACCGGAUUCGAUCAAGGAAUCGGAGGAUGAGGACGAGGACAUGCCCAAGUCCAGGUCCUCUGUAGCUUCGUCGGUGAACCAACCGAUUUCAGUGGCCGUUCCGGUUGAAACUGCGGCCGCUCCGGCAACUACAGUACCUCAACCGGCAGUCGCGGCAGCUCCGUCGGCGCCAGCACAAACUAACCCAGAACCGGCACGGUUCGACAAACCCGUCCCGGGGUCAACGCUUCGCUGUCUGGAGGAUCCGGACUUCGAAUCGGACAUCAACUCACCGGUGGGCAGUCGGAACGUUGCUUCCGAAGUGCUGGACAAGGCCCGGGACCGGUUCGAUCGCUUCUGGGGCAACCCGGACGGAGCGAAACCAGAAGAGUCCUAAGCUGUCAGUUCUAGAUAUUCUAACACACACACAGUUGUAAGUGAGCUUGUUUUAGUACAUCUAUCGUAGAAUUACGCGUCAGAUCGACAAGGGGUUCAGCCCCGCUAUAAUCGAAAGAGGCUGAUCAUCCCGACCCGAUCUCUGUCCCCGCUAUACUCCUACCCCAAACAAAUAUGGGUUUCAUCUUUGCGCGCUUGUAUCCACGCGGGGAUCCUCGAUGAUGAUUUGAUAUCUCUAGUCUCUUGUAACUGAAAACCGGUAGCCAGAAUGAUGUUAUCACUUGUGUAAACCACAUCUCGACAGGGUAGUUAUAGGAUGUUAUUACUCUUUCCCCCAAUAUAUACACUACACUAGAACAGAAUGAAAACUCACACUCUCAUCGUAAAAACACAUGUACUCGGCAACGAUCAAAAUUCGCAAAUACACUUUCUCCCGUUUCCGGAACUUUGCGGUCAGAACUUCACGGAUUUUUAUUGAGGGUCUUAUACCGUACCCUCCUGUUUCCUAUCUUGUUAUCUAAUGUUUAGGAAGACCAAUUUCCGAUAGAAUUUCGCUGCCUUGGUCACUUGGCUGGCAGAUAUCUAGCAAGGAAGGCACAACUCAUUUUUAUUUGUAGGAUUCCAUAAAAUUAGGCCUCUUAAUGACACCACCUUCAAUGCAUAUGGUAUGAUUUGAAGGCAUCUCACUUUCCUCAUUAACACAAUCACGUCUUUCUACGUAAUGAUAGUCGUUUUGCAAAAACACUAUGAACGGCCAGGAAAGUAUGCCCAAAAGAACCAAUUCAAUUUUUUCGAUUUCGUCUAUGAAAUUUUAUUUAUUUAUUUAUUUUUAUUUAUUUGUAAGUUAAUUCAUCUGACAAUAAGGACUGUUCAUUUUAUAAAGAGGACAACUUUGCAAGGCUAUAAAAAGAAAACGCGUAGUUCAAAUUUGAGCAGCCUUGGUUAGUUGUUCAGUGCAUUAUAUUAGCAGAUAAUAACCACAAAUAAAUUGGUUUAAAAUUAUUGAACUUCAUAGAAAUGUGGCAAAGUGUUUCGAGAGAUCCAUUUUUCAAUUCCCAAAAACUAAAGAUAAACACAAAAUUUCUGUAAAACAUCGGUUUAUCGUUUUUAAUUGCAAAAAAGUGUUUGCUAUGCUGCAGCAGUUUGAGUGAUACAUAUUCUGGCAAAAUAUAAACCUAAUCGGAAUAAUGGUUGUUGAGAUAUUAAAGUUACAAAUUGGACUCGAUCUUCAGAAUAAAAUUUAUUUGUUAAACAAAAAUGUAUAAAAAUAAUAAAUUUUGAAUGUUUUCAAUGGAUCUAGUCGAAAGUACUAAUAAUGCAAUUUCAAAUGCAGAAAACCGCUUCUUGAUAGCAUUGUUGGCUUGGUUACUGUGCUUCAUGGCAGUUACCGGAGAUAAAACCGCUUCGUUCUAUGAAGGUUCUUCUAAAUAACGAUGUACUCUAUUGCAAAUACAACGUAACAAUGAUGUCGAAAAUAAAAAUUAACAUGUAGUUAUUUUCAAAUAAGGUAUAUAAUCACAUAGGGUCAGACCUUGCUGAAAAUAAAUAAUAAUAAGCUUCUCUAGAAUCAAAAACUUGCAUUUAUGGAGCAAAAAGUAUGCAAUUUUUCAUUAUGGCCAUCAUUAAGUAUUAAAUUUAUGAAGAAGAAUGUACUUUAAAGCAUAUUUUUCUUCGGUAUCAUGCGAUUCUCUUCUAUACUGGACAAAUUUUGAACUGAUUCCGUAGUGUUAUUGCAUCACUGGACCCUAAUAAGUAUUUUUUUUAUCAAUUUCAUUGAUAACAAGGCAACUCACUAUAUCAAGCUGUAUAAUGCUUGGUGUAUUAUUACUGACCAACUAUUACACUCUACCUUUAGAAGAAUAGUAUUGGAUCCCAACAUAUUGAAAAGUUUAUGAAAAUUUUAAAGUUAUGUAUGUGGAAAGUUGUGUAGAAUUUUGAGAAAUGGGGUUUUAUUGGGUUUCAACGAAAACCGCUUCAGUUCCAUAACUAAGGACAAUUUGUAUAAUGUUAUAUUUUUCCUACACUGUAGAAUAGCUAUGGAAAUUUAUGCAAAAAACUGAUAAUGAUUUUAUUGAAAAAUAAAAAAGAUAUCACACAAAUAAGGUGUCCUCUUUAUAAAAUGAACAGUUCUUAGUUAUUAGUCUUAAUGAAUCUUAUAUACUAUUUCUAAAACUAUUUACACUCAUUCCGAAGUCAAAAUUAGGAUACCUCCUCUCCUCUUCUUGGCGUAACGUCCUCACUGGGACAAAGCCUGCUUCUCAGCUUAGUGUUCUAUGAGCACUUCCACAGUUUUUAACUGAGAGCUUCCUCUGCCAAUGACCAUUUUGCAUGUGUAUAUCGUGUGGCAGGCACGAAGAUACUCUAUGCCCAAGGAAGUCAAGGAAAUUUCCUUUACGAAAAGAUCCUGGACCGACCGGGAAUCGAACCCGUCACCCUCAGCAUGGUCAUGCUGAAUACCCGUGCGUUUACCGCCUCGGCUAUAUGGGCCCCCAUUAUAGGAAAAAUUAGGAUACGCUUCAUUAAAAAUACUCAUCAUUGAGCGAAUGGGCUCAUUAACAUCAUAGUUAUAAAAAGGACGAGGAAGGCGAAAGAGGUCGUUUGAGCGAAGCGUAUAAGCGGGCACAUUUAUAUCCAACGACGCCAGCAGAAAGGGAGCAUCUAUUUUACCGGCCAGGAUUUUAAAGACAAACACUGCCUUAGCAGCUUUCAUACGAUGUUCCAAUGCCUCGAUGUUUAUAAGCCGGCAUCUCGCUUCAUACGGUGGCAGAUUGUAGGGAUCAUUCCAGGGAAGACUGCGUAGAGCAAAUCUUACAAACUUCCGUUGAACAGCUUCCAAGCGGUCGAUAAUUGUGGCAUGAUACGGGUCCCACACAACCUAAGAGGUUUCCAGUAUGGGUCGAACUAGUGAAACGUACAAAGCCUUCAGUGUAUACGGGUCACGGAACUCUUUUGUGAUCUUGGACACAAAUCCUAGCUGGCGACGAGCUUUUCCAAGUAUUUCCUCAUAGUGCAUUUUGAACGUAAUUUCGCUAUCUAGUGUAACUCCGAGGUCACGUACAGAUUCCACGCGCAGGAGUGGUUCGUCAUCAAUGGCAUAUUCAUGCAAAAUUGGUCUUU